UAUAAUCCAGAUUCUAGAUGUAUUAUAGGCCUUGAGGACUAAGGCGCAAAUAUUUAUAUUUCACACUAUUUUCAUGUUAAAAAAUAAUUACUGGAAAUAAUUGAAUAAUAAUUAAAUAUUUAUGUGCCAUUUUUCAUUCAAUAAUACGAUUUCGGACUAGAGGAACCACUUUCAUUUGAAUUACUAUGAAUAAAAUAGUAUCAAUAACUAAUCCUAAUAAAAGGAAAUGAAGAAGUUACACUGUGGACAUGAUGCUGCCUUAUAUUUUAAAGACCAACCUUCAGUACGCAACCCUGAAGACACUAUCUCUGGUGUCGAUAAGCGUGAUGUCGCCCCAACAGAGUGUGCAGGAGGUGUUCAGAACGGCUGACUGCGUCUGCUUCGAUGUCGACUCCACUGUCAUCCAGGACGAGGGCAUUGACGAGCUUGCGAACUUCUGCGGGAAGGGUGAAGAGGUUAAGAGGCUAACGGCCGAGGCAAUGGGUGGCACAAUGACUUUCCAAGAGGCACUCAAGAAGCGGUUGGAUAUCAUCAGGCCAAGUUUUGGCCAGAUAAGCGACUUUAUAAACACACAUCCAAUUCAUCUCACACCUGGGAUUGCGCAACUUGUGAAGUUGUUGCAAGAGAGAGGGGUUGUAGUGUAUCUCGUGUCCGGAGGGUUCAGGUGUCUUAUCGAUCCUGUUGCUGAGAAACUCAACAUACCGACAACCAACGUGUAUGCAAACAGACUUAAAUUUUACUUCAACGGUGAUUACGCGGGCUUCGACGAGAACGAGCCUACUUCGCGGUCUGGCGGCAAGGCUCUGGUAGUGAGACGGCUAAAAGAGCAGCACGGCUUUCAGAAGCUGGUGAUGAUCGGUGAUGGAGCCACCGACGCUGAAGCUAGCCCACCAGCCGAUGCAUUCAUUGGUUUCGGUGGAAACGUGGUGCGAGAAGAAGUGAAGAAGAAGGCGGCUUGGUAUGUCACGCAGUUCCAAGAGCUGAUCGAUCACCUGUCCGUGCAAGCGAAGUGAUCACCUCCGCUAAGUUGACAACCGAUUGAGUGCCUUAAUAAUCAAUCUACAUGUUUGUACGUAGAACUGUGUGUAUAUAUUUAUUUAAGCAUUACGUAAGCUGUUAUUAUUGUUUCGAUGUCUGAUGACGUUGAUGCGUAGGCAAUUGAUAAUUUUAUACCCUGUUAUAAAAUAAUUUGUGUUUUGCACAUUUCUGACUUUUGUAAUUUUUUUUAAACCGUUGGUGGUGUGUGUUUUAAUUUUAAUAAUAUAAUGUGACGAAAAUAGUUUUAAUUAAUGUUAUAUUUAAUAUAUUAUUUUAUUGUUGACGAGUAUCUGAUAAAUCUAACCGACAAUUAUUGAUCAGUUUUAGUUUAAUGUAUGAAGUACGGAUUAUGCAGAAUAAGAAUCGAUAUAAAAUAUAUUAUAUUAUAUAAUUUUUAUACGAUUUUGUUUUGAUAAAAAGACCAGUAUUUGAUACCAAUUUAAGUGUUUAGUAGUCAAAAGAUAUGAAAACUCUAAAGCUCUAAUGAAUGUGUGUAAAAACAUCUAAAAGGAUGGCAACACUCUUGUGAUUGUGUGGGCUUCAGUGAUCACUUUAGGGGUUGUUUUCGUUUCCUAUCCCUACUAAUAUUAUAAAUCCGAAUGUAAGUUUGUUUGUUACGCUUUUACGCCGGAGCUACUGAUGUUGAUGAAAUUUAGUACAGCGAUAGACUAGAGCUUGGGAAAGGACAUAGGCUAGCAUUUUAUACCGGAAAAUUCCAUGGUUCCCGCGGGAUUAGUGAGAAACUGAAAUUCACAUCGAUGAGCUAUAAGUAUACCAAUAGUAGGUUUAGUUUGCCAUAGAAAUCUUCCUGGAAAUAGGAUUCACAUAAAAAGUUGUUUAAGUUAAUUCCAAACUUGCUUAUUAUUUUUAAAAACCCUUUAUCAGCUUGUAGGAAAUAAUUUAGUAUUUAUUAUUUUCCUCAACUUAGCAUAAUAUGUCCAUGAUUAACAGACAGACUUAUUUUCACAUUUUAUAAUAUUAAUUAUGCAUUUUCUCUUGCAUAUAAAGUAAUUAUAUUAUGUGAAGAAUAAAUUGAAACUUUUAUUUUUCGCGGCUCUAAGCAAUUUAUAAUGACGUUUCAAAUCUAUCACCCUUAAAUUAUACCGAUAACCAGGGGGUGAAAGGAAACGAAAUAGGAUGAAGUAAUUGUUAUUUAAUUAAUAUGAAAUAUUUACUUAUUUAAAAAAAAUAACUCGCGAAUAAUUAGUGUACCGCCUAGUUUUGGACCAAUCGGAGGCCCUUCCUAAAGGUAACUGAGAUAAGUCGUUCGCGGCCAUUCUAGCACUACUUACCUGCAAACUUGCAAUGCGCUUUUCAGUUGGCUGAGUUCUUGCCGAAGCCAAGCUCAAGAAUGCAGAAGAAGUGGGUGGUGGUGAUAACUUCGUAAAUUCGUUAUCAAAUCAAAUCAAAAUCAGUUUAUUCAAGUAGGUCACGGAAAUGACACUUAUGAAUGUCAAAAAAAAUAAAAUAUUUUUCUUAUUAAGAGAGAAGAUGUAGCAAGAAACUCAUGGCCACUCUUUUAUAUCAAGAUUUACAUUUACAUCGAUUUACAAAUCAUUUCAAUUACAAUAUAAUAUUUAAAAUGUAUCGUCCACAGGUUUGUGUCAAGUUGCCAUUCUAUUCUAUUCUAUUCUUUCUAGUGGCUUCUGUGGAAGGGGCACCACAACUCGCCAAUGUCACGUUUCAGUAGACCAACAAGCUUAGAGUGUGUCAUUUGAUCGGUGUAAACGAUUUUAUAAGUGAUUAUAGUAAUGACCGGUGCCCAGAAUCAAAACAGAUUUAUUUUCUUAUUAUACCUGAAACAAAUAUACAUGCUGUUAGAUUAAGUUGCCAUUAUUAUGUCGUUAACUGCAUUUACAUGUUAUUGUACUCUGAGUACAAAAUGUAGUAUUUCAGGACUAAGUCCUCAAUUGUGUGAGGGUUUUCUUUGAUUGUAAUUAAGUACCAUUAUUCUAUAGUUGUGCCGUUGUAUAUUGAAUAUUUUAAUUAUUAUUAUUGAUAAUUUAUUUGCUAUUGACCCUCGGUCCAACAAUUAUUGUCAAAAAUGGCUGUGUAUUUCUUAUGAUAAGUAAUAAAUAUUUUAUUAUAAA